UUCGCGCGUCUAGGGGAGCCGUUGGUGUGGUGGUUGCCCCGGUGGUCCCGGCUCCCUGUGGGUUUGAGCAUGGCAGAAGGGGACACCUUGAUAUCAGUGGAUUAUGAAAUUUUUGGAAAGGUGCAAGGGGUCUUUUUCCGAAAGUACACUCAGGCGGAGAGUAAAAAGCUGGGAUUGGUAGGCUGGGUCCAGAACACUGACCAGGGCACAGUGCAAGGACAAUUGCAAGGUCCCAUGUCCAAGGUGCGUCAUAUGCAGGAAUGGCUUAAGACAAGAGGAAGUCCCAAAUCGCACAUUGACACAGCAAACUUCAACAAUGAGAAAGUCAUCUUAAAGUUGGAUUACUCAGAUUUCCAAAUUGUGAAAUAAUGGCCUGAAUUUAAAUUUUCCAGAAUAAACUCAGUGGUUUUGGUUAUUAUUGUUAAUAGAGAUAGAACUAUUCUGUGUUUAAUAUUAGAAUUUGUCAGUAAAUUAUUUUAG